GGAUCUUGCUAUACAUUUAGAACUACAGAAUUUUAAAUGAAAUAAAAGAACUUCCCUGACACAUAGAUCAAAGACAACUGUCAUUGUUCCGUGGUUGCAACUUUGUUUAUUUUGAGAUUUGAAUUUCGGCAUGGAAAAGUAAAACUCAAAAAAAUGGCACUCGACAAAUAUAAAAAGCAAAUAUUUAGAGAGGAGCUUCGGAAAAGGCAAAACGAAGAACGCUUAGAGCUAGUCAGGGCCCAAAUUGAGGAGAGGAACAAGUACGGUAAUCUGUGUCGGUAUUUCCACGAACAAAAAACCCAGCUGGAAGAUGAACAAAAAGCGCACGCAUCGAGUGAACAAGAAAACCGUAAACGACUGGAAUACGAAAGGGAAACCAACCUGGCGAUGGAACUGGAUAAAAUCAAACGAGACGAACUAGUAAAAAUGAAACUAAGGCAGCAGUUGCGAGAGACCUCCCCUGAGUUACGCGAACUGGAAAGGCAGUUGCGGGCGGCUUAUAUCAAUAAAGAAUUAGCCGCUCAGAUAGCUCAGAAAGAGGAGGACAAAAUAAACGAACGAAUUUUUGAAAAACGGACCCACGAAUUAGUCCAAGCUGCGGUUGAGAACGAACAACAGCUAAGGGAACGUCGCGCCAAAGAAGACGGCAUGAAGAAAGCCCAAUACAAACAGGAAUUACAGGAGCAGAUGAUUCUCAGGGAGAAAUCCAAAAGGUAUCUGUACGAAGAGUUCCUAAGAGAGAAGAAAAUGAUCGACGACAUCGUACAGAGGAUCCACGACGAGGACGAACUCGAAAUGCAAGAGAAGAUGUGCAAGAUGAAGAGAACGCGGGAGGACAUGGUCGCGUUCAAGGCCGUGCAAGACGCGUGGAAACGGAAAAAGAGAGAAGAAAUCGAAGAGGAGAAUAGAAGGAUUCAGGAGUUUCUCGAGAAAAAAAUGGCGGACAUCACCGCGAGGUUAGAGGAAAAGAAGAGGAUGGAUCAAGUUCGUGCGAAGAUGCGCGAAGAACUCGCGAAAAAGAUCUACAAAAUGGAGGCGCAACGGAAAGAAAGGGAAGACGUCAUGCAAGAGCUGAUGGAAUUGGAGAGAAGCGAGGAGAUGGAACGAAGACAUCGGGAGGAGAUAGAGAAACGAAUAAAACGAAGAUUGGACGUAAAGGCGUCGCUCGCUGCUCAAGUCGCCGAAAGGGAAGAUAAAAUCAGGCGGGAAGCGGAAGAAGACGCGAGAUACAAGCAGCGGCUGUUGGAGGAAUUGGCGGAGAACGAGAAACUCGAACAGAUGUCAGCGCAGAAGAAGAGGAUGAAGAUGCUUCAGCUGAGAAAGGAGGUGGAGGAAACGAUGACGGAAAGAAGGCAGAAGAGGGCCGAAGAGAUGCAGCUUCUGGUCAAAUUGCGUGAGCAAGAAGAGAAAGCACUAGAGGACAGGCGGAAAAUCGUGGAAGAAGAGCGGGUGUCGAUGUUGAAGGAACACGUUCAGAAUUUGGUCGGUUAUUUGCCGAAAGGGCUGUUGAAGCCGGAAGAUCUGACCCAUUUGGGAGGCGAUAUCAGACAGAGUUGAUUUUCUUGUACCAAUUUAUAUUUUUUAAAUAAAUUUUGUAGUAA